AGAGAAAAAGGAAAGAUGCCAGACGUCCCGUACGGAAGGCUGAACAACAACAGCAAAAGCCUCAACCAUCAUCAUCAUCAGCAACACCGACAAUUUCAAACACAGCUGAUAUUUUGCGUCUGUUAUAACAAGUUUACAACACAGCACACCAACAGAAAGCAGCGUGACACGGCAGCAUGGAGGCAGAGAGUGAGGUGAACUAUGAGGCUGAACAGCGGCAGGUGCACAGGAACAACACCAGCAACCUGAACACUGUGCAGCGCUUCCUUGCCUCUGUGGAGACCGACGUUACUGCCACAUGUCGGAAAUUAGAAACCAAGAUACUCAACGCCCUGGGUGUUGUCACUGCAGAGGAGAGGAAGAAGACAAAGCAGAAGACACAAGAGCUACGAGAGGCCAUCCGGCAGGCUAAGGAAACACACACCAGGAACAAGGAUGGGGUGCAGCAGCUAGAGAGGGAAUUGGAGAAGCUCAACAUGGUACUACAAGGAAAGGAGGAGGAACUGGAUGCACAGAAGAAAGCACUUGCUGAAUGUGUGGAGAAUGUCAAGAAAGAGGAGUCACUGGUAUCGGAGGUGAAGCUCGAGAACCAGAGGAAGACGAGCCAGGCAGACACCAGCAUUCAGCUCUUCAAGAAACACCUGGGUCUGGACAUUGCCUGCCUCCACAACACUCUAGUCUUUAAGUUCACACAGGUGAGUCACUCCAACCCAGACGCAGAGUACAUGGUGCACCUGAGUCUGGAGGAAGACAAGUACACACUGCUGGGGUCCGAGCCGCCCCUGCCCUCCCUCCCUCAGCUGCAGGAGGAACUGAACGCCUCUGGAAACCUGCUUGCUUGCAUUGUACAGAUCCGUAAGCUGUUUGAGAGGAUGGAUAGCAAGAGGCGAAGGCAGUAACAGGGAAUAGGCUGUCUGACGUGGCUUGUGGGUCUGUCUGUCUGUCUGUCUGUGUGUGUGUGUGUAAGGGCAUUUUUUUUUUUAACUUUUUUGACUGUUGGUGUAUUGUGCCUUCGUGAUUCUGUCUUUUUUAUCGCCUCAUGAUGUCCAUUUCUCAUUUGGCAAGUUCAAAUAAAAGAUUCGCCCAAA